CGCUGACAUCCCUCGCUUCAAGUUCCAGACUCGCCGACGUUCAAAGUUGUCGUUAAGCGCCCGGCAGGCCUCCAAAGCCAUUUCGUGCUCUCCACCCUCCCACGUCGCCUACAAAUGAUAAGCGAGACCAUCCCAGCAAUAUAAAAAUACUUCGCGCCAGGGGAGCGCUGACUGGUCAGCAGCUGCAUUGCUAAUUAUAACGACCCGUGUCUGCUGUCAACCUCGAAGUAUUGUCAGAUACUUUUGCUAGCCAGGUAGGUAGGUGGUGGUGCUUCUGGACCACAUUGCACAUAAAGUCUUCGAUUGUCUGUUCGUGCCGGCAAGGUCGAGAAAAUGGUCUUGUCUGGUCUACGGGUCCCGAUUGCUGGGCACAAUGUCGCUGCUGUCAGGCCAAGGUCAUUAUUGCCGUGACUUGCUGCUGCUCUUGUGUCUAGCGUUCACGUUAGCAGAUACUGUUUCUUCACAACUAGUGGGAUGUGAUGUCCUUGGAUGUCAAACCGACAGCGGCUGCACGCUGGGCAACAUCACCAGCUCGUACAUCGGCACGACGUCUGUCAACUCAACCGUCUCCCCGAAUGCUCCUCUAACAUGGACGGUCGGAGCAUCAACCCAGGGUAACUCGAGCAGCUCGGCGCAGGUCCACUUUAUCAAAAACUUCUAUCUUGGAUACCCGCCGUCGUUAGAUCUUGCCAAUACUUCCGACUUCGCUGGAUGUACACUCUUCUUCGAAGGCAUCGCCAGAAGCAUCGUUCUCAACGGCACAAGUGAAUACGGCUCUGUCACCUGUGGUCAGACACUCGGAGACGGCUGUGUUAGCGAUCUACAGGCGCAAGCACAACAGAAAACCCAAGAGCUGUAUAAUGCACGCAAUGGAGAUAGUUCAUCCGUCUGUGCGGGUUUGCAGUCCGCUCUCCAAACACAACCACCGGCAUCGUGCCAGUCCACAGCCACGGUGACUUGGGGCAACGUCGUUGCGAAAGAGAUCACUGGCCCCAAUGCGCCGCUCACACCCAUCAAGCAGACGGCCUGCCAUCCGUCGACUGGGGGAGCUGGCUAUCAGGUUGCUUUGAUUGAAACACAAAAUGUGGCAUCCGAGGAAGUGUCAAGUGACAAUGUGCCCUUUUUCUUCAGCAUGACACCAGUCAUGACCAUUUUCUACAAGAGCCCUGGAGCAGGCUUUAAACUUGAAUCUCAGCCGGAAGCACAUCUUUCUUGUCUUAAAGUCGUGGAAGAUUCCACGGUUAGCCCGUCGGCACAGAACGCUGCGACUAUGUUGUUACCACGUCUGUCUUUUCGAACAGCGCUAUUCGUGCUCGGCUUGAGUGCUAUAGCAUUGGGCUGAGUACCUGCCUAUACCUCGCCUUGACGCACAACAUUUACUUUACGACGAUCCGAAGUCUGUCCAAGGGAACAGCACUAUAUAAGGGGAUAUGACCAACGACCGUGUCAUACAACGCCACCCUUGUUAUGACUUCCAUCUCCACCUCAAGACCCCAAAAGCCAGGGGCGUAAGCUGCCCACCUUGGCCACAUCGGCCCCUGCUGCGCUGGCAACUCUAUGCAGCAUAAGGCCACCCAGUCUAUUAUGGCAUGCGGAUAACGAGGCAGACUGGGCCACUUCAAAGUUGGGACAACCAAAGUUCGGAGAGAAGACGCCGUUGGCCAUCGUUUGUCCGCCCACAUACAGGAUAUGCACUGGGUCGGCAUGAGGCGCAGAGUGGGAGUAUCAUCUUGGUUCCACCAGCAAUGUGUACAUGGUCUUCACCGGAAAUGGCUCGCGACACAUAUAACAAUAUAGAAUCGUAACCGUUCAAUCCUGCAUUUGCCCGCUUGUUUUGACCGGCCGGACUUUUAUCUCUGAAUUGCUCAUUACGAGAGUGCGCCCAAUUACAGCCCUUCGUUACCCUCGGGUAGACCCUUGAUACUUAGGUACAGUUGAGCGGAGGUAGGAGAAAUCAUG